UAGGGUUUCCGCCAUCGAAGAGAAGAAGAAGAAGAUACUGAAAGUUCAGACAGAGAGACAAUAAGCAGCCAUGGCUAGUACUAAAGUCCAGAGGAUUAUGACCCAACCUAUUAAUUUGAUUUUUAGGUUUCUUCAAAGUAAAGCUCGAAUUCAGAUAUGGCUUUUCGAGCAAAAGGAUUUACGGAUCGAAGGCCGGAUUAUAGGCUUUGACGAAUACAUGAAUCUUGUCCUGGACGAUGCCGAAGAAGUCAACGUGAAGAAGAGCAGCAGAAAGCAACUCGGAAGGAUUCUUUUAAAAGGGGACAACAUCACAUUGAUGAUGAAUUCGGGCAAUUGAUGAAUGGAAAUUAAUGAUGUGUUUGGAUUGGUAGCGUUUCGAACUGCCGGUAGCACAUUCUUGUAUUUUCGAUAUUGAUUGGUAUUUUCGGUAUUACGAUUGCACUUUGUCAAUGAUGAUUAUCAACGGAAAUAUACUUGUUAUUUCAUUUAACUUGUAUAAGUGGAAGCACCAAAUGUUUUCCACAGAACUACAUAAUGAAACUACAACAAGAAAAAAAAAAUCAAAAUUGUUUUCUAC